AUGGCGAUGCUCUCUCCGGAGCAGCGGCGAGCAGCCUUGGAGCUUAUUCAGGAUGAUUUGGGAAUCUUGGCGUCUGACCACAUGCUGGAUAGCACCUUCUCCUUCGACACGGAGCUGCUGUCUAUCGAAAAGCAGAAGCGGCUCUUCGCCUACGUCAACAGCAUGGCGAGGGCGAACCGGGAGCUGCUCAUCAGCAGGGGCCUCCUGGGGGGCCCCCCUACGGGGGAAGUCCAGGGGGCCCCCCCAGGCGGUGCGGGGAGCCGUCUCGAUGGGCGGCGAGGCUACUCUGGAGGUGCUGCUGCUGGCUGCGGCGCCGCUGCUGCUGCUCGCCGGGGAGGACACGAUUCGGAUAGCAGCGAUAACAGCAGCGAUAGCAGCAGCAGCAGCAGCGACUCCUUGAGUUCAACCACCAGCAGCAGCGACUCCGAUUCGGAUGACGGCGAGAGGCUCGGGGAGGGGGGGGGCGGCCUGCCCUCCGUGCAAAAGGGCCUUCCGGAGUACCGACCAGUCGCUGAAGAUGGGGAGAAGGUGGAGAUUCGGGAGGAGCUGAUGGGCAGGCAUGCAGACUUUUUGGGCGUCAUCGAUGCACAGCAAGCAGACGAACCUAUGGCGUCGGGGCUGCAGGAGGAAGCGAAAGCAACAGCUUGGCAGGAGUGGAAGGGGCAGGUGAUCCAGCAAGGUUUUGCAGCCGAGCGGGCAGCGGCACCGCAACGCAGCGCGAGUGAAAUAAUUGCAGAGGGAUAUGACGCGAGGAUCUGA